AUGUCUACAUUUCAAUCUAAUUGGGGUAACUCACCACCCCCAACUUCAUUCUCAGCUCCACCAUCAUCAUCUUAUAGCAGUAUGAGUCCACUAAUACUUGUGGUUGUAGUAGUUUUAUCUCUUAUCUUCUUCUUUGGUGGUCUUGUUCAUAUGGUUUUGAGAUUAUUCAUGAAGAGGUCAUCUUCACCAAUCUUUCAAUCCAGUAGUAGACAUCCAGAAAGCUCUAGCUCUCGAAAUCUUCGAAGACAGCUUCAACACCUCUUUAGGUUACACGACUCGGGCCUAGACCAAGCAGUCAUAGACUCUCUACCUGUGUUUUGCUGCAAAGACAUUGUUGGUUCAGAUGAGCAGUUUGAUUGUGCUAUCUGUCUUUGUGAGUUUUGUGAGCAGGACAAGCUGAGGUUGCUUCCUAAUUGUGGUCAUGCAUUUCAUAUGGAUUGUAUUGACACUUGGCUUCUCUCAAAUUCAACAUGUCCUCUUUGUAGAGGCCCCCUUUUGGGGUCUGUCCUAGUAUUGGAAUCCCCAGUGUUGAAUGUUGAUGAUUCUAGAGCAAUGUCAAGUAGGUUCAGUGGUGAUGGAGACAAUGGGGGUCUAAGUGGUAGGAGAGUUUUAGCUUUGGAGGAAGCUGGUAUCGAAAAGAGGGUGUUUUCGGUGAGACUUGGGAAAUUCAGAAGCUCAACAAAUGAAGAAAUGGGAGAAACAAGUAGGUGUAAUUUGGAUGCUAGGAGAUGCUACUCAAUGGGGACAUAUCAGUAUGUAGUUGGUGAUUCAAAUCUUCAAGUGGCAUUGCCCCAUGAUUGUGUUGGUGGCAUUGAUACCAAGCUUGACAUUGGUGAUGAACACUCCAAAGUUGGUGGGAAUUUGGAGGGGAAGAAAAUCAAUGGGUGCCAUAAAGGUGAGAGCUUCUCUGUGUCCAAGAUCUGGCUAUGGAAUAAGAAGAACAAAUUCCCAGGCUCUUUGAAUACUCAUAAUGGUAUGCCUUCUUUUACUGUAACUUCUCCAAUCGAUGAUGGAACAUGA